GUUCCCAGCUAACAAAGUGUUGGCAUAAUGACGGCACGAUGUCAGCACGGUCUCAUUUCAUGCUAGCAUUUUGACGUCCUACUGCCGCCGCAUAUUGGCGUCACAAAUUUGACAUGGCGUACUGCGGCACGCCGUGCUGACAAUGUGCCGGGAAAGUGCCAUUUUCUAACUGUCGCCCAAAAAAUCUGGCUGCACGCCGUGACGGCAAAAUGCACGCAGCGUGCCGAAGACGACACGUUGACAGCAUUGUGACUGCUUGUCGUGACAGCACUCCGUGCCAGAUCGUGCUCUAAUAUAAUUUCCACGCAAUGUUUAUUGGGAAUGGACUGCAACAGCGGCAUGGUCAAGGAAGCAGUGGUCAGUGAAAGCGAUUUAAUCAGAUGUCUGAAAAGUCUAAGGAUAUUGUGCUAGUGGCAGCUGACACGUGCGAAGAAAUGAACGAUCUAGGUGACUCUACCACAACUAGAACUGAUGAACCAAAUUUAUCCCAAGAUUCAGUCGCAAAUCUUCACAAGUUGGCGAUUGUUUUUAUUGAAGAAAAAAGUCCAACAAUAUUGACCAAGACAGGAUCAUUCACAUGUGAAAUUUGUCAUCAAUCAUUUUUACGCAGGGCAAAUCUGAAUGUACACAUCAAGUCUAAACACGGUUCUAGUGAACCAUUUCAUUGUAACGAUUGUUCCAAAUCAUUCGCAAGAAAAAGUUACCUUAUCUCUCAUAUACAAGUAGUACAUAAUCCUAUCAAGCCAUUUGAGUGUAAAAUUUGUCAAAAAUCAUUUGGUCUUAGAAACAUUUUAAUGAAACACAUGACAGUGCAUGAAGAUAUAAGACCAUUCAAAUGUGGAACUUGUCAAAAAGAAUUUAAACGAGAAGGUUGCCUCAAAAACCACAUAAUCGAAGUACACCAAAGUAGCAAGGACGAUCGUCAUGCAUGUAAUUUCGAAAAUUGUACCAGCUCAUUUUCACGGAAAAGUGGCCUCACUAAACACAUAAACUCAGUACAUAGUGAAAGUAAACCUUUUGCAUGUAAUGAAUGUGACAAAUCAUUUCAUCGCAAGGAUGCUCUCAAAGUUCACAAAGCAGUACACAAGGACGAGGAAAUUUGUGAAAUUUGUGAUAAAUCAUAUUCAUCUAAGAGUGCUUUUAAAAAACAUAUGAGUAAAAAACAUGAUCAAAGCCGACAAAGUGAGAAAUAUCACAAGUCAUUUGGAAAAAAAAGUGAGCUAAAAUCGAAUGUAAAAUUAGUGCAUAAUGAGAUAAAAACCUUCAUAUGUGAUUUAUGUGAAAAAUCAUAUUCAUCUAAGAAUGCGAUUAAGAAACAUAUAAGUAAAAAACAUGAUGAGAGCAAAUGUGUCUAGUGUGAUGUUUGUCAUGAAUUCCAUAAAGCUAGGAGCUAUAAAUCAAUGAAGUGCAGAAUUCUCUUCCAACGUCACAUGUCAUUGGAACAUAAUAAUAAAAAUCCCAUGGACCCUAAGCAUUGUCGUGGUAUGUAAAUGUGUCCUUUUUAACAUAAAUAUUUUAUUUUAAUUUCGUAAAAAAAUGUUAGCUUUUCAUAAUUUUAUCUGUAUACAUUUUGAUUAUUUAUAUCAAAAAAUUUUAUAUUCGUCAUUUUUGUUACCACUGUAAAAUGUGCGUUAAUUGCGAAUAAAUGUAUUAAAAACA